GACCAAACACACGCAAAAGAUUGGGGAAAUAGGAUCCGCGACACGUCUCGACCAAAAGCUUCCUUCCUCCGCCUCCACGAGGCUGCUCCUCCACCUGUCCGUGCGGCCACCCCUCCUCCCAGUGAACUGCGCGGCGACCUCCCCUGCCCAGACCUGAUCCCGCCGCGGCCCAGUCCGCAACGGUAUCCAACGGCCGGCCUGUUCCUCCUCUGCCGCCGAGUCGAGCGCCGCGAGGGCUGAUCUCGCGGAUUUUCGCCUGUUCCCGAGAGGCCAAUUGCGGAUAACUCGAGUAACUGCUAGUGCUACCAGGAAUCGUGUGGUGUGCUUUAUCUGUCUAGCUUGCCAAUCAUCUACAUAAAUUUCAAAGUGGGUUUACUUUCAGUCUGGAGGCUGAAAGAUAGGUUAACACUCUGCCAUCUGACCUUGUUCAUGCAUGCAUGGUUUGAAUGCUAACCACAAUUGAGUCCUGAAAAAGCAGACGCGGUGCACAUGCUUGCCGGCAGUAUGAAUAACGAUAACGAUAAUGUUAUUGACUUGAUAUCGGAUAGUGGUGAUGAUUUUGAUUCUGACUCUGACGAUCCAACUUCUACAAAUGUCACAUCUGGCGAGAAUGGCGGAGGGCAAUCAGUCUGCUUUCAGGACGAAGAUUUGUUGAGGAGCACUCCCUCUUCUUCCAGGUGUAAUAUAAAUGAUAAUGGUCAGUACAGAACUCUGCCACCUUCCUUCGCAAAUGGUAUUGAUAUUGAGAAAGCCCGUUAUACACUAGGUUCGGGGGACAGAACUUAUCCACAUUCAAAUUCGGGGCCAAGACACGAUUCUGGAAGGGCCUCUCUCUCGUCCAGUAGACUUGAUAUCGCAGUGAGGGAGCGUAAUGGUUUGGCAGUGGAUGCAAAUGGCAAUAACAAGAGGAUUCUUCCUUCAUCUUUUGCCAGUGGAAGCACGUCAAAAUCUACACAUCCAAGUGUUGCAAGUGAGAGCCGUAAACUCCCAUCACGUUUUACCAAUGGAAAUUCACAAAGGUUGGAUGAUAAUAGUAUAGGAACAAAUGAUGCCAAUGGCACUGGGCAGCCUUCAUCUUCAAGGUUCUCAAUCCGAAGCUACUCUGUGAGUAAUGCCCAGAAGGAUACCAUGGAAAAUGACGAUGAUGAUGUCUAUGUAUAUGAUAGUCCUAGUUCACAUAGGAUGCUGCCUGCAUCUUUUGGAGGCCAUAACUCUGCCAGUAACAAUGAACUUGCUAAUGUUAAUGACAUGCAAGCUCGUCCAAACCUAGAAAAUAGGUUUAUGGAUCCUGACGAGAGCGCAGUAUAUCAAGAGGCUCUUCAGAACAUUAGUCUGGAUAAAAGGGAAGAUGAUCUCGAUGAGGGUGUCUUAUCAGUAUCUCUGCUUAAGCACCAGAAAAUGGCAUUAGCUUGGAUGGUUUCGAAGGAGAAUAGUUCACAUUGUGCAGGAGGAAUUCUUGCAGAUGAUCAGGGUCUUGGGAAGACUGUGUCUACAAUUGCCCUUAUACUAAAACAGAAGAGUCAGCAGUCUAAGUUCAUGUGUGCUGAUUCAGAUCCUUUGAAAUCUGAAGCGCUAAACCUUGAUGAAGACGAUGAGGCAGUGACUGUUGUUGAUAAGGCGAAACAGUCUAUGAACGAUGAACCCAAGAAGGAUUUAGACGCUAGUUUAUCAACAGCAGCUAGUACUAGUGAUGUUAAACCAUCUAGUAGUCAUAUGGAUAUUGUUCCAAAUAGAAUUGUUGUUGAAAGCAAAGUUGAACGCAAGAAGACUAAAACAGGCACAUCAUCUGCAUCAUCGACCAUGCGAUCCAUGACAAGGCCAGCUGCAGGUACUUUAGUAGUAUGCCCUGCUAGUGUUCUUAAGCAGUGGGCUAAUGAAUUGAAUGACAAGGUUAGUCAAAGUGCUAGGUUAUCUGUUUUAGUCUACCAUGGUGGUGCAAGGACCAAAGAUCCAAGUGAGCUGGCAAAAUAUGAUGUCGUUGUCACGACAUACACAAUUGUGGCGAAUGAAGUGCCUAAACAGAAUGCUGAUGAUGACCAAGAUCAAAAGAAUGGGGAAGAAUCUUCUGUUGGUAAUAAAAGAAAACCACCAAGCAAAUCUAAGAAAAGGAAGAAGAAACUUAAGGAUUCAGAUAUUGACCUUGACAGUGGCCCAGUUGCCCGGGUACGGUGGUUUCGGGUGGUUCUUGAUGAAGCUCAGACGAUAAAAAAUUUCCGAACUCAAGUGGCUAAAGGCUGUUGUGGACUAAGAGCAAAAAGGAGAUGGUGCUUAUCAGGAACACCUAUACAAAAUUCAAUCGAUGAGCUCUACAGCUAUUUCCGUUUCUUGAAAUAUGAUCCAUAUUCUACAUAUAGCUCAUUUUGUACAAUGAUAAAGCACCCAAUUGCUAGAAAUGCAGUCCAUGGGUAUAAGAAACUACAAACUGUGUUGAGGAUAGUUCUCCUGCGUCGCACAAAAGAAACUAAGAUAAAUGGAGAACCGAUCAUAAACUUACCUCCAAAGACAAUUAAGUUGCAAAAGGUGGAUUUCACAAAGGAGGAGCGAGCUUUUUAUUUGACACUGGAAGAACGUUCUCGGCAACAGUUCAAGGAAUAUGCUGCUGCCGGAACAGUCAAACAAAACUAUGCCAAUAUCCUUUUAUUGUUGUUGCGCCUUAGGCAGGCUUGUGAUCAUCCUCUUCUUGUGAAGGGGCAUCAGUCGGUAUUUAAAGGCGAUGGUUCUAUAGAGAUGGCAAAACAACUUUCCAAGGAAAGGGUAAUAGAUUUGCUUGCAAGGCUGGAAGUAUCAGCGCUUUGUGCUGUAUGCCGUGACACACCUGAGGAUGCUGUUGUGGCGAUGUGUGGUCAUAUUUUCUGCUAUCAGUGUAUAUACGAGCGGAUAACAACUGAUGAAAACAUGUGCCCCGUCCCUAAUUGCAGAAACACGUUAAGUACUGAAUCAGUAUUUUCAUCAGGGACAUUAAAGAUUUGUAUCUCCGGCAAGACCAGUACUCAUGCGAUAGCGAGUUCAUCAGCAGACGAUGGGCUAUCUUCUAUCAGUCAAAGCAGUUACAUCUCCUCGAAGAUACAAGCGACCGUCGAUAUACUGAAUUCUAUCAUUAACAUGCAUGCUCUUACAGACAGUGAUACCAUUGAAUCAAAUCCAAACCGAGUAUCCCCUGUGAAAGCCAUUGUCUUCUCGCAGUGGACUGGCAUGCUGGAUUUGCUGGAGUUUUCACUGAACAGCAAUCUUAUACAGUACAGGAGACUAGACGGAACAAUGUCCCUCAAUUCAAGAGAUAAAGCCGUGAAGGAUUUUAACACCGACCCAGAGGUUAGAGUUAUGAUUAUGUCAUUGAAAGCGGGUAAUCUUGGUCUGAACAUGGUUGCUGCUUGCCAUGUAAUACUCCUUGAUCUUUGGUGGAAUCCUUAUGCUGAGGACCAGGCAAUUGAUAGAGCACACAGAAUUGGUCAGACUCGUCCUGUCACUGUCUCUCGUCUAACCAUUACAGAUACAGUGGAAGAUCGUAUUUUAUCUCUGCAGGAGGAAAAGAGAGCGAUGGUCAACUCUGCUUUCGGUGAAGACAAAUCCAGUGCCCACGCUACUCGGCUCACUGUAGAUGAUCUGAGGUAUCUGUUUAGGAUAUGAUUGGGAGGAGGAGAUGAUCCCUUGUUGCGUUGCUAGCUUUGGAAAGCGUCAAAGUGGUGGCAGCAUGUACGUUGCUUGCAAUCUACCUAUGUCUCUCCCUGCCCCGCCGAGGAUCCAGUUUUGUCAUGCUCCGAUCGAUCCUACAUGUGACAUCGGAUGGCCAGCUAGCUAGCAUGUCUAGUGUAACGUACUUGUGUCCCUGAGACGGGCCGUCUAGUGUAACUGCCAUACCCCGCCCUGUAGGAGAAUUCUUGUGUGCUCUGUUCCCUGUGAUGACAGGAGAGAUCCAUAUGUAUAGUGUGUCAUUGACUCGUUGUACUGUGGCCAUUUACUUUUUCCUUUUUUGCAA